AUGGCACCUGGCAGCGGACGCGAUUUCAACUGUUCCUGGGAUCAUUGUGGAAAGUCUUUUAAUCGCAAGUCAGACCUCUGCAGGCACUAUCGAAUACAUACCAACGAGCGACCGUACCAGUGUAACUUCAGAGACUGCCAUAAGAGUUUCAUCCAAAGAAGUGCGCUGACUGUGCAUUCCCGGACACAUACGGGAGAGAAACCUCAUGUUUGCGACCAUGAAGGGUGCCACAAGGCCUUUUCCGAUUCCUCGAGUCUAGCCCGCCAUCGCAGGAUUCAUACGGGGAAACGUCCUUAUAUAUGCCAGGAACCGGCAUGCGAACGAAGCUUCUGUCGCAAAACCACCCUCACAAAGCACCAGCACCGCUCCCACCCACCUGGAUCACUGGCUCGAACGCCGUCAGAAGACGCAGUUUCUGAACACUCAUAUCCUACUCCCGUUACGAGCUCGCAUCCGAACGAACAAUAUCUUCUUACUCAACAAGCUUACUACCCCAACGCCCCCACACCUACCCACGAAUUCUAUCCCCACCAGAACUUACCCAUGCGCCCUGUUACGAUGCAAGAACAGCCGCCGAUUGCGACACAUAGCAUCCCGGUAACCUCAUCCGUUGAGGUCCACCAUGCGCAGCAAUUUAUUCACAUGAUCCAACAACAGCAGCAACAACAGCAACAGCAUCAGCAUCAGCAUCAGCAUCAUCACCACCACCACCACCAACAGCAGCAGCAACAGCAUCACCAGGGAUAUGACCCACACCGUAUGGGAUUUGUACCAGUUGAAUACCAGCAACCUGUUUACACAUCGCCGCCGGUGGAGAGCCAGCAACCUGUUUACGCAUCGCCGCCGGUGGAGAGCCAGCCAUAUAUUCCCCCAUACGCAUCUUCUCUCGAAUGUAAACCUCCUGCUAUGAGACUGUUGGAUCAACCAGAGGGAACGGAUUUUGCGUUCCUUGGAACGGGUUGUUAG